AUGCGACACGCAACAUCGGCGACAAUGGUAAACAAGUUCAACUUUUUUAAAUUUUAGUUCGAGAAAUAAGGAAUUUUUUAGACGCGCCGUCGACGACAAACUUCAGAAACAUCGACGGCAGCAUCAAGUCGAAGAUCUUCGUUCGCAGUUAAUGGGAAUGGAAAUAGUAGGAAAGAAUCAGUGAAAGGGUAAGGUUAAAAAAUAUUAAUUUUGAAUCAGGAAAAUAAACAUAAUAUAAUCAACGGGGUUAGAAAAUCAUUAUAUUUUCAGACCUUGUGAACGUGUUGUUCAUCAAGCUCAAGAUUCCCUUUUUUCGACGAGUUCUGGUUGGACCAAUUUUCGCGGAUUUUUCAAUUUAUCCAUUUUGUUAUUAGUAAGUCUCUCUUUAAUUUCCCCCUUCAAAACAAUUCAUUUUUUCAAAUAGGUUUUAUCAAAUGGCCGCGUUGCUUUGGAAAAUGUAAUAAAAUACGGAAUUCUUAUAACUCCACUUCAAUGGAUCUCAACAUUUGCUGAAGAUUGUUGUUUAUGGAAUUGGCCGAAUUUGGCAUUGAUUGUUGGAUCGAAUAUUCAAAUUUUGACAAUUUUCGGAGUUGAAAAGAUUUUGGAAAAAGGAUGGCUUGGCAAUUAUUUUGCUGCUGUUUUUUAUACUUUACUCGUUGUUGUUCAUUUGACGAUUCCGGUUUUGGUUACUUUUGGGACCACUGUAAGUCAUACAUUUUUUCUCAAAGUUUCUGCUAAAUUCAUCAAUUUGUAGUCAAAAAAUCCAAUUUGGUCAGUAGCUGCAAUGGGAAUUUAUGUGAUUGAAUCUCUAAAAUUCGUUUCAUAUGCUCAUGUAAAUUAUUGGGCUCGAGAUGCGCGAAAACGAAUACAAGAAUUGAAAAAAGAAGUAGAAGAUUUGGCUCGAAAAACCACAGAUCCGAAACAUUUUUGGGAUUUGAAAGAUGAAUUAUCGAUGCAUCAAAUGGCGGCCGCUUAUCCAUCAAAUUUGAAAAUAUCCAAUUUAUAUUAUUUCAUGAUUGCACCAACACUUUGCUACGAAUUCAAUUUUCCGAGAACUCCAAGGAUUCGCAAACAUUUUUUGAUAAAAAGAACAGUGGAAUUGAUAUUUUUGUCGUUUUUGAUUUUGGCAUUAGUUCAACAAUGGGUUGUUCCAACUGUUAAGAAUAGUUUGAAACCUUUGAGUGAAAUGGAAGUUAGCAGGUUGGAUUUUUGUUUGAUUUUACACGUAUGAAUACCUAAAAUCUUUUUUCUAGAUGCGUCGAACGACUUCUAAAAUUAGCAAUCCCAAAUCACCUCAUUUGGCUCAUAUUUUUCUACACAUUUUUCCAUUCAUUGCUCAAUUUGAUUUCUGAACUCAUUCGUUUCGCUGAUCGCGAAUUUUAUCGUGAUUUUUGGAACUCGGAAACAAUCUCAUAUUUCUGGAAAUCCUGGAAUAUUCCAGUUCAUCGAUUUGCAGUUCGACAUAUUUAUAUGCCAAUGAUGAGAAAUAAUUUCAGGUUUGCUAUAUUCUCAUUUUUUUGUUGUUGAAAAACUUUAGAAAAAUCGAAAAAUGCUGAAUUUUCAGCAAAAUGUCAGCGUUUUUCGUCGUCUUCUUUGUUUCUGCCUUCUUCCACGAAUAUUUGGUAUCAGUUCCAUUGAAAAUGUUCCGAUUGUGGUCAUAUUAUGGAAUGAUGGGACAAAUACCGCUGUCGUUUUUGACCGAUAAAAUUGUGAAAGGCGGAAGAAUUGGUAAGUUCAUUUUUGGUUGAAAAUAGGAGUAAAAAUUGAAGAUCUAGCCAACGGCUUUUAAAAACUAUCACGAACAAAUCUAGAAAUUUUGAGCCUGAAAUAAUAUCUUCCAGAAAUGUUUGGGCUAUGCCUCCAAUUUUUGAACCAUUCAGAUUCUCGGCCUGACAGCAUUUACCAAAACUUCAUAAAAAAUCGAUAAUUUAUUUCAGGCAACAUAAUUGUUUGGCUUUCUUUGAUUGUCGGCCAACCAUUAGCAAUUCUUAUGUAUGGUCAUGAUUGGUACAUUUUGAACUACGGAUUCGCCGCUACAAAUUCUACAACCCCAAUUCCAAUUCUCUAG